GUUGAAAUUGGCUUACAUCGUCCGCUCAUCCCGCCUCGUUACUUUUUGGCGGGAAACCGAGUGCGCCGGAGCAUAUUUUCCCGCCUCGCACCGACCUGAGUUGGGCCUUCGCAAUUAGGUUAAGGUUCAGUUUUGUAGUCUACCUUCCCCGACUGGAAGAGAUUCAGAUUCAAUUGAUUAUUUCGAAGACGGCAAAUGGACAAUUACUCCGGCUACUUCGUCGACGAGAAAGCUGAUCAAGUGGAGAAUAGCUUCUUAGAGUUCUUGAAGAGGUUUAGGCUGGAUCCGAAUUCAGGAUCGCCUCAUUAUGAAGCGGAGAUAGAGGCUAUGAAAGCCAAUGAGUCCACCACAAUGUUCAUCGACUUCUCUCACGUCAUGCGUUUCAGCGAUGAUCUUCAGAGGGCCAUUUCUGAGGAGUAUCUUAGGUUUGAGCAUUACCUGAGGAAUGCCUGCAAGAGAUUUGUAAUGGAACAGAAACCCACCUUUAUUGCUGAUGAUAACCCCAACAAGGAUAUUAAUGUGGCCUUCUACAACCUCCCUUUGUUAAAAAGAUUGAGGGAUGUAACUACAGCAGAAAUUGGAAAACUAGUAUCAGUAAUGGGAGUGGUAACUCGCACCAGUGAGGUUCGACCAGAACUUCUCCAUGGAACUUUCAAGUGCUUGGAAUGUGGAAGCAUAGUCAAGAAUGUUGAGCAACAAUUUAAAUACACUGAGCCAAUAAUAUGUGUGAACGCCACCUGUGCAAAUAGAACAAAAUGGGCGCUGCUAAGGCAAGAAAGCAAAUUUGCAGAUUGGCAGAGGGUCAGAAUGCAGGAGACUUCCAAAGAAAUACCUGCUGGCUCCCUGCCCAGGUCUUUGGAUGUCAUUCUCCGCCAUGAGAUUGUGGAACAGGCAAGGGCUGGUGACACCGUCAUUUUCACUGGCAAUGUGGUUGUAAUACCUGACAUUAUGGCCCUGGCGUCCCCUGGCGAGAGAGCUGAAAGCCGUCGUGAUGCCUCCCAACAAAAGAAUUCGGCCGCUGGACAUGCAGGUGUGAAGGGUCUUCGAGCACUCGGAGUGAGAGACCUUUCCUAUCGCCUUGGCUUUAUCGCAAAUUCAGUUCAGGUUUCUGAUGGCAGAAGCGAUACUGAUUUUAGAAAUAGAAAAAAGGAUGCUGAUGAAGAUGACAACCAGCAGUUCACGGCUGAAGAGCUAGAUGAAGUCCAAAGAAUGAGGAAUACUCCUGAUUUUUUCAAUAAACUUGUUGAUAGCAUUGCCCCAACUGUCUUUGGUCACCAAGACAUCAAGCGAGCAAUCCUGCUUAUGCUUCUGGGUGGUGUCCACAAAUUUACCCAUGAAGGCAUCAACCUGAGAGGAGAUAUCAAUGUCUGUAUUGUUGGAGAUCCCAGUUGUGCUAAGUCUCACUUCCUCAAAUAUACUUCAGGGCUAGUUCCAAGAUCUGUCUACACAUCUGGAAAGUCAUCAUCUGCUGCUGGCCUGACUGCUACUGUGGCCAAAGAACCAGAAACUGGAGAGUUCUGUAUUGAGGCUGGUGCACUCAUGCUUGCUGACAAUGGCAUCUGUUGUAUUGAUGAGUUUGACAAGAUGGAUAUCAGAGAUCAGGUUGCUAUUCAUGAAGCAAUGGAACAGCAGACAAUAAGCAUUACAAAGGCUGGAAUACAAGCAACGCUGAAUGCUCGAACAUCAAUAUUAGCUGCCGCCAAUCCCACUGGGGGGCGUUAUGAUAAGUCUAAGCCACUGAAGUAUAAUGUGGCUCUUCCUCCUGCAAUCCUUUCGAGGUUUGAUCUGGUAUAUGUCAUGAUCGAUGAUCCAGAUGACCAAACAGAUUAUCACAUUGCUCACCACAUUGUGCGGGUUCAUCAGAAGCAUGAAGAUGCACUUGCUCCAACAUUCACUACGGCACAACUGAAGCGCUACAUUGCAUUUGCAAAAACUCUAAAACCCAAGCUAAACUCAGAGGCCAGAAAAUUGUUGGUGGACUCAUAUGUUGCCCUUCGUAGAGGUGAUACAACUCCUGGGAGUAGAGUUGCUUAUCGCAUGACUGUUAGACAGCUGGAAGCAUUGAUCAGAUUGUCUGAGGCCAUUGCUCGAAGUUACUUAGAGACUCAGGUGCAACCACGGCAUGUUCGUGUAGCAGUGAGAUUGUUAAAGACAUCCAUAAUCAGUGUGGAGUCCAGUGAGAUUGAUCUAUCUGAAUUUCAAGAACAAAAUCCUGAUGGUGCUGACAGUGGGCAUGGUGGAAGUAGUGGCUCUGGUCCAGGGAUUGCUGAGCCAACAGCUAGUGCAGCUGAACCAGCUGAUGGAAGUACAGAAGGUGGUCCAAGCCCUGCAAACCAGCCGGGAAAGAAACUUGUGAUAAGUGAUGAUUAUUUUCAGAGGGUUACUCAUGCCCUUGUCAUGCGCCUCAGGCAGCAUGAAGAAGCUGUAAUGCAUGAUGGAACUGGGCUGGCGGGAAUGAGGCAGAGGGAUCUGAUACAGUGGUAUGUGGCUCAGCAGAAUGAGAAAAACAACUAUAGUUCCAUGGAGGAGGCAGCAAAUGAAGUUGCUAAAAUUAAAGCCAUCAUAGAGAGUUUGAUACGAAGGGAAGGCCAUUUGAUAGUUGUAGAUGAUGGCAGGCAGGCAGCAGCAGAGGGGGAAGAGGUGAGGCAGUCAUCAAUAUCUAGGAAUGACAGAAUUUUAGCAGUUGCACCCAAUUAUGUCAUAGAUUGACUUUGGUGACGCAUAUGACCUAGAAGAAAUCAAGACACUUCUUCAUCGCUCAGGCUCAAAAUCAGAUUAACUUCGUACCAUUUGAUCAGCAUAAAUGUACUGGACUAGGAAGAACAGGGGGAUUUCAUCCCCAUAUACUGCUGAAGGCUGGCGACAGCAGACAGUCUAUUGUCUGCCUCACCUGUGUUGUUUAUGUAGACUACUUAGCUGUCUGAUUAGUCAUGAGUGCUUAAUUUUUACCAAAGUUUUGAUGUUGGAAGCCAAGACAUAUUAGUAGUUAGGCCGGUUGUGUCUCCAAAGCAUUACACAAAUUGUUCAUUGUAGUUUGUUCUAAUCUAUGUAAAUUUUGUUUGGAAUUUAUUAUUUUUGCUCCUUGUUUU